CAACUUGGACUUGUUGAGAUGGUAAUGCUAUGGUGGUCAAUAUCUAACUCUACUUCAUAUCUCUAUAUUAUAUACAUACAUAUAUGAUUUUUAUUUCUUAACCAUAUAGAAAAUCUUUAACUCAUAUUUAGAUGUGAUAAGAUGAUGAUCAUGUCAGGAGGUUCAUCAUCAUUAUUAUCAAUCUUUACUAGUAUUUUCACUAUUUAUGUUGUGUUGUUUGCUAUUAUCAAUGCUUCUCUAACAACAGCUCAGAAUAGAAUUCAUGAUCAGUCCACUACAGAUCCCUCUGAAGUGAGAGCUUUGAACUCUAUGUUUGAGCAAUGGAAGAUAAAGGCAGACACUAAAAAGUGGAACAUAAGUGGAGAACCAUGCAGUGGUUCCGCCAUAGAUGACUCCAUCGACAUCGAAGACAAUGAUUCAUUGAAUCCCUUUAUUAAAUGCGACUGCACUUUCAACAAUGGUUCUCUCUGCCACAUUACUAAACUGAAAGUUUAUCAAAUGGAUGCUGUUGGUCCGAUUCCAGAAGAGCUGUGGACUCUGACCUUUCUCUCCUAUCUGAAUUUGGGCUACAAUUUCUUGACAGGUUCUGUUUCCCCAUCAAUUGGAACCCUCAUUAACAUGAAAUACUUAUCUUUAGCUGGAAAUGCACUGUCAGGAGAGUUACCAAAAGAAUUGGGAUUACUUACUCAGCUACUAAGUUUGCUCUUUUCAGAGAACAAUUUCUCUGGUACACUGCCGCCGGAACUAGGGAAUUUAAAAAAAUUACAAUAUUUGAUUAUUGCGAGUUCUGGAGUUAGUGGGAAGAUUCCUUCAACAUUUGCAAAUCUCCAAAGCAUGCAAAUAUUGUGGGCUCAAGAUAAUGAACUCAUAGGCAAGAUACCUGAUUUCAUAGGAAGUUGGUCAAAUCUUACUAACUUGGCAUUUCAAGGAAAUUCUUUACAAGGACCUAUCCCAUCAACUUUUGCAAAUCUAACUUCUUUAACAGAAUUGCGAUUGAGUGAAAUAUCUAAUGCAAGUUCAACUCUUGCAUUUGUCACCAAUAUGAAGUCUCUAUCAUUCUUAGAACUGAGGAAUAGCGAAAUCAUUGGCUCAAUUCCAUCGAAUAUUAACAAAUUCACAAAGUUGACACAUUUGGAUUUGAGCUUCAACAAGUUAAAUGGACAGAUCCCAGACUCUCUUUUCAACAUGAGUUCACUUUCUGCUUUGUUUCUUGGAAACAAUAGCCUAAAUGGUACAUUGCCUCAGCAGAAGAUCAGUGCAUCACUUCUCAUUGUAGAUCUAUCAUACAAUAAUUUAGUGGGAAACAUUCCUUCUUGGAUCAACAAUCAACAAAAUUUACAACUUAACUUGGUUGGCAACAAUUUUAAUAUAGAUAAUUCAAGCAACAGUACUCUUCUGUUAGGAUUGAAUUGCCUUCAAAGAAAUUUUCCAUGUAACCGAGACCGUCCCCUCUAUUCUAACUUUGGGAUUAACUGUGGUGGUGAACAAAUUUCCUCUUCAAAUGGUAUUGUGUAUGAGAAAGAUGAUGAGGCUCUUGGUCCAGCUACUCAUUUUGUGACCAGCUCCAAAAGAUGGGCAGUAAGCAAUGUUGGACUCUUCUCAUGGACUGAUGUCAAUCCUAAUUCUUAUAGCUAUACAAGUACUUCAUCAUCCAAAGUUACUAGUACUUUAGACUCAGGAUUAUUCCAGACUGUAAGGCUUUCUUCUUCAUCAUUGAGAUACUAUGGUCUGGGGCUUGAGAAUGGUAACUACACUGUCAAACUCCACUUUGCAGAAACUGCUUUCGAAAAUUCUCGCACCUGGAAAAGUCUUGGCAGACGUAUAUUUGAUAUUUAUAUCCAAGGAAACCGUGUAAUACAAAAUUUUGAUAUCAGAAAAGAGGCAGGUGGAAUAUCUUUCAGGGCAGUCCAGAAGGAAUUUAAGGCUCGGGUUUCGCAAAACUACCUUGAGAUCCAUCUUUUAUGGGCUGGAAAAGGAACUUGUUGCAUACCAAACUAUGGUACUUAUGGACCCUCCAUUUCAGCCAUCAGUGUUAUACCAGAUUUCACACCCACUGUGAGUGACAUUUCUCCAGCUUUAAGCAAAAAGAAGAAUCAAACUAGUAUGAUUGUGGGGAUCAUUGUUGGGGCUUUCAUUUUAAGCUUUUUGUCUGCUUUAGUGGCCUUCUAUGUUGUUCAAAGAAGAAACAAGUGUCAAAUGUUUGAUGAUGAUGAGUUCUCGGGGAUGGAUGUUAAGCCAUUCGUUUUUGGUUAUGCUGAACUAAAGAUGGCCACAAAUGAUUUUGAUUCUUCUAAUAAGUUGGGAGAAGGAGGAUUUGGACCUGUCUACAAGGGAACACUUAAAGAUGGAAGAGUUGUUGCAGUGAAGCAAUUGUCCUUAACUUCUCACCAAGGAAAGAGUCAGUUUGUGGCUGAGAUUGCCACAAUAUCUGCUGUGCAACAUCGUAACCUCGUCAAAUUAUAUGGAUGUUGUAUUGAGAGAGACAAACGACUUCUUGUUUACGAGUAUAUGGAGAACAAGAGUCUUGAUCAAGCAUUAUUUGGUAAGCAAAGAUUAAAUUUGAAUUGGUCAACGCGCUUUGACAUUUGCUUGGGCAUAGCAAGAGGUCUAACUUACCUUCACGAAGAAUCGCGAAUUCGAAUUGUACACAGAGAUGUCAAAUGUAGCAACAUUCUUCUUGAUUCUUAUCUCAUUCCCAAAAUAUCAGAUUUUGGUUUGGCCAAACUCUAUGAUGAUAAAAUGACUCACAUAAGUACAAGAGUAGCAGGAACUAUUGGUUAUCUUGCACCUGAAUAUGCCAUGCUUGGUCACCUUACUGAGAAAACAGAUGUCUUUGCUUUUGGAGUUGUGGCAUUAGAAAUUCUUACUGGCAGACCGAAUUAUGACCAGAGCUUAGCUGAAGAAAAGGCUUAUCUUUUUGAAUGGGCUUGGAAUAUGUAUGAAGACAACCGUGAAAUUGAGCUCAUUGAUUCAACACUAUCUGAAUUCAAUAAGGAAGAAGUGAGGAGAAUCAUACAAGUAGCUUUUUUAUGCACUCGCACAUCACCUACAGCUCGCCCGUCGAUGUCCAAAGUUGUGGCAUUGCUUUCAGGAGACACUGAUGUGAACACUGAAGUUUCAAGGCCUGGUUACUUGGUUGACUGGAAAUUCAAUGAUGUCAAUGACUUACUGAGCCGAAUUGCACAAGGGUCUGAUCCUACCUUAUAUUCAUUGGGUUCAAGUACAAGCAUGGAGUCAGGUGCAAUGCUACCAUCAAGCGAAUGCCUCAGCUAGCUCAUCCAAUGCUUCAAGACACCAAUAGUGAAGUGAGUGAAUUUAAUUGAUAAAAGCUUCUAGUGCAAGUCAUGUAUAAUAUGAUAGAAAACAUCUUGUUAUGUAUCUUAUUGUGACAGCUCAGUCAAUAGUUCACAGCACUAUUAGAGAGUACAAGUGUUAAAGAACAUUUCAACUUUUGCUUGGAAAUAUGGUUGAUGGUGUGCUUGUACUAUGUGAGAUGUUCUAUAAGCAUAUAUGUAUAUGUAUAUGUAAAUAUAGUUGGCUGUAUAACAUAGAUUCUUCAAAAAUUGUUUUCUUUUUUCUUUUCUUUCUUCACCCCAAUUUGUAUUUCUUUAAUUAUUUUUAUUGAAAUACAUUUAGUGUGUGUUUGGAAA